AUGACAAUUUCCUGGCGCGCCUUGUCUCAUUUCCUUAUUCCGCAGAGCGACUACGGCGAGGCCAAGACGCACUUGGAGCAGCUGCAGCAGACACUCACGCAUCUGGACCACCCGCACCAUCAUCACCACCAUUUGGGGCUCUAUCAUGGCGCCCUGCCCAGCACAUCCACCAUAACCACUGAUUCGGUGGUUUCCUGUGUGAGUUCUACACUGCCGGCGGUGGCCAAGGCCAUUUCCGCAUCCUCGAACUGCGAUGGCUUGCAGGUGGAACGCAAGAAAUGCCAUUCAAGCGAUGUGGAUUCAGAUGGCCAUGGUCAUGGCCUCAUGGAGGCCAUCUGCAUUGGCCAAAAGACAUCGCCGGUUCCCCCGCCGCCACCACCUUGCUGCUUGGCAUUGGGAGAAAGUCCCUCCUCACCUAAUCCCAUCGCCACGGCCGCCCUGAUGAACGUCUCUUCCGGAUCCUCUAGCACGGGCGGAGCAAGUGCCUCUCUUUGCAACGAUCUCACGCGAGAAUCCUCCUGGUACGCCCACCAUCAUCACCACCACCAUCACCAUCAUCACCAGUUAGCCGAUGAGCUGGUCAUGUAUGCCACGCCCACACCCACGCCAGCAAUUGGAAAAUUCGGACUGGACACUUCCACCGAGGGUUACUUGAACGCAAGGUACAAUGUGAAUGUCAAAGGCGUGCGGCAUGAAAGAACAUCGAGUUUCUUUGACAUACCCGCUGUGACGCACCCACACCCGCAUCCGCAUCCACAUCCGCACUCGCACCCGCAUCCGCACCCGUACUGCUACAGAUUUCCAUCAUCGCCACCCGCGGGCAUUCUGAAAAAGAGCGACGAAGAAACGGCCGCAGCCGCUGCCGCAGCAUCAGCAGCAGUCUACUGCAGCGACGUAUCCUCCGGCCAGCACUUUCAGCAUCACACAAAGAUCGAGCAUGCGGACUCUACAACAACGGCGGCCCAACAGCAGCAACAGCAACAGCAGCAGCAGCAACAACAACAGCAGCAGCAACACCAUCAGCAGCAAUUGCAACACGCUGCUGCACUGCAUCCGCACCAUCAUCAUCAUCAUGGACACCACCACCAGCAAACAGAGCAGCAGGCUCUCACUCACUUGACACCACUACAUGCCGCCUCCGCCUUUAAGUUUAGUCACACGGCGGUUAUAUCCAGUUCGGCGGUAUAUGCCACGCCUUCCCACUACGCCCACCAGCAGCAGUCUCAGUCGCAAUCCGUUUAUCGAGAACUUUCACCCACAUCUUUGGCGGCUGUUAGUGAUGCGGAUCUGAAGUACGACAGUGGUCCCUACAACGCCACCAUCUCAUCCACCUAUCCAUCUGCCCUGCGGCCCAAUGUGGUGGACUCCACCACCUCCAGCGAUGCGGAACUGCGUUUGGAUCAGUUCUAUGCCAGCAAUGGCAUCUCCACCAGCAGUAACGGGCAGACGAUCAGCCAGCGAAGAGGCUCUCUGCAGCUGUGGCAGUUCCUGGUGGCCCUCUUGGAUGAACCCACGACCAGUGCCAGCUGCAUCGCCUGGACUGGUCGGGGAAUGGAGUUCAAGCUGAUCGAACCGGAGGAAGUGGCACGGCGUUGGGGUCUCCAGAAGAACCGCCCUGCUAUGAACUAUGACAAGCUUUCCCGUAGUCUUCGCUACUACUACGAAAAGGGCAUCAUGCAGAAGGUGAACGGAGAGCGUUACGUCUAUCGUUUUGUCUGCGAUCCGGAUGCCCUGUUUAACAUGGCUUAUGGCCACCUAACCACCGGAUCCGGUUCAGGAAAAGGUGACCAGCACCAAUUGACGCUGUCAUUGGCCAAGACGCCACCAACAUCCGGCGAUUCUCAGACACAAUCCCCUCGCGUGGCCAAGUCGGAGUAUUACGAUACAGCCGGAUUGCAUAAAUAUUAGCUGUGUGUGUGUGUAUCCACAUGUGGGCGGAGCGUGGGAAUGCGGCCAAGUGUGCGUGGUCAGGUCCCGUGUACAUUGUGUAAUCUAGUUGCGUGUGUAUGUGCGUGGGGUAACGAAUUUGAAAUGAAGGUUUCGUUAUGAUGAGCUAA